AGGCUGGCCCUGUGAGUCAGCACACAGCACACAGCAGCAGGCCCGGCAGUGGCUGAGCAGGACCAUGCGAGGACGGUAUGUGAGCAGGACCCUCGCCUCAGUGCUGCUGUUCAGGCAGCCCCAGCCUGUGGGAGCAGGCGCUGCAGCUAACAGACCCUUCCCGGGUGCAGCCCCGAGACACUCCUCGGACGGGCAGGAGCAGCCCAAGGCGUGGGACCCGGCUCUGCUCGAGUUCCUGGUCUGCCCGCUAUCCAAGAAACCACUGAGGUAUGAAGCAUCCACCAAUGAACUAAUUAACAAAGAGCUGGGCAUCGCAUAUCCAAUCAUUGAUGGCAUUCCUAAUAUGAUCCCUCAGGCCGCAAGGAUGAUUGACAGAAAGGCCCAGGAUGAAGAACCGAAGCAAACCUAGAUAGCGGUUAUCAUUAAAA